GAAAAGGUUAAAAUGAAGGUAGAACUCAUUUUCCAUUGUCUUGUUCUUGUGAGAAAGAGAGGAUAAUAGAUAAAUAUCUCAAAGGUUGCAGAGAAAAGAAGGUAGCAGACACAAAAAAAAGGAGGAAAGAGGGCCACAGGAAAAAAGUCAUCCAGACUCCACGCUUCCAUAGGCCACUGCCACUUUGCAGUGUCCAAAGCUCAUCCUGAAUUCGACAGAAAAAUGGCUACACAGCAACACCCACCACCGACUCCAAACCUCCUCAAGAGACCUUUAAUCAAGGUCUUCUUCGUUGCCAUUGUAUUCUGUGCCUGCUACUUUCUUGGCUCCUACAGCAAUCCCCGUUCGACACUCUCCACAAUUCAGGCCCACCCACAGCACUGUUUCCCCUCAAAUGCCUCAACUCCUAAACACCCUUCACCUUCACUGGUUCUAGACUUUGAAGCUCACCACAUUCUCCCUCUUCCCCAAGAAAGCUCACAAAGUGGGGGUUUCUUUGAAUUAUGCCCCACCAAUUUCACACACUACUGCCCAUGUCAAGACCCUUCAAGAGCGAAGGAGUUCGAUGUGACUAAGUUUUUCCACAGGGAGAGGCAUUGCCCGGGGAGCCACCAGGCCUUGAGGUGCUUGGUGCCUAGGCCUAAAGGGUACAGGAGGCCAUUUCCGUGGCCAAAAAGUAGAGACUACGCAUGGUUCAACAACGUGCCUUUCCCAAAGUUGUCUGUGUACAAGAAAUCCCAGAAUUGGGUUCGAGUGGAAGGCGAUCGGCUUGUUUUUCCAGGCGGUGGGACUUCGUUUCCAAAGGGGGUGAAGGACUAUGUGGAUGAGAUUAGGCGGGUUGUGCCAUUGAAGUCUGGGAACAUAAGAACUGCUCUUGACGUUGGAUGUGGGGUUGCAAGCUUUGGAGCCUCUCUAAUGGAUUAUAACAUCUUGACAAUGUCAAUUGCACCAAUGGAUAUACAUGAAGCUCAAGUACAGUUCGCCUUGGAAAGAGGACUUCCAGCCAUGCUUGGUAUUCUAAGCACCUACAGAUUACCAUACCCAUCAAGAUCUUUUGAUAUGGCACACUGCUCCAGAUGCCUUGUACCAUGGACUGCUUACGAUGGAGUAUAUCUGAUGGAAAUUGACCGAGUUUUGCGUCCUGGUGGCUACUGGGUACUGUCUGGGCCACCAAUAAGUUGGAAGUCUAGCUACAAGGGUUGGGAGAGAAAGGCUCAGGACUUGGAAAAGGAGCAAAUCAGUUUAGAAGAUCUUGCAAGGCGGCUAUGCUGGAAAAAGAUUGCAGAGAGGGGACCAAUUGCAGUAUGGAGAAAGCCCACUAAUCAUAUCCACUGCAUCCAAAAGUUGAAGGCUUGGAAGUCUCCUCAUUUCUGUGCUGAAACUGACCCUGAUGCGGGUUGGUAUAAGGAGAUGGAUCCAUGCGUUACUCCUCUUCCAAAAGUGACGGACAUCCGCAGUAUAUCUGGAGGUGCACUUGAAAGAUGGCCUAAAAUGUUGAAUACUGCUCCACCCAGGAUUAGAAAUGGGGUUACUAGAGGAGCCACUGUCAAUAACUUUAAUAAAGACAAUCAAAUAUGGAUAAAAAGAGUUUCAUACUACGGAAGUGUUCUCAAAUCUCUUGGUGCAGGUAAAUAUAGAAAUAUCAUGGAUAUGAAUGCAGGCCUAGGUGGUUUUGCAGCUGCAAUUUCUAAGCAACCAGUUUGGGUUAUGAAUGUUGUUCCUUUUGAUGCACAAAACAACACUCUUGGGAUUGUCUAUGAGCGUGGCCUCAUUGGAACUUACAUGAACUGGUGUGAGGCCUUCUCAACAUAUCCUCGAACAUAUGAUUUGAUACAUGCUCAUGGAGUCUUCAGCAUGUACAUGGGCAAAUGUGACAUUCUUGAUAUUCUCUUUGAGAUGUACCGAAUUCUUCGUCCUGAAGGGGCUGCUAUAAUCAGAGAUCACAUUGACAUCAUUGUGAAAGUAAAAGGCAUCACAGAUCGAAUGAGAUGGAAAAGCAAAAUUCUACACAGCGAGUAUGGACCUUUCCAUCCAGAGAAGAUACUCUUUGUAGACAACUCUGAAGUCUGAAUAGGCUAUCUUCACAUUCAGUUUUGAGAUACUGAGCCUCCUAUUGAACUACAAUAACGCUACAUUGCAACUGGUGAUGUAGAAUGAGCCCAAGAUGACUUGAAGCCUGCAAAAACUGCUCACUUGAGCUUGAGCACCAAAACAAGCUCAUACCAAGGGCUGAACUGCAGCAAUCAAAGUUUAUCUUGGCAGGUUUACAGCCAUAAACUCCUCAUUUCACUGAAAGCAAGAGUAUAAAAAAUUCACUUGUUUUGCUUUUCCUAUUGAGCCAUAAAUGUAACUUUGUGUAUCUGUGGAGGAUGUAAAGUGUAAACAAGGAAAUACACAGGAAGUAGAAGAAGAUAUCUAAUUCAUUUACUUUAAUGAUGACGGCAAUGCAGAAACUUUAAGUCCUCCA